CGCGACCGAGAGCGCCUGCGCGGGGUCGGCGCGGGGUUGGCGCGGGACGGACCGGCAUGGCGUUCCGGCAGGCGCUGCAGCUGGCGGCCUGCGGCCUGGCCGGGGGCUCGGCAGCGGUGCUCUUCUCGGCGGUGGCGGUGGGGAAGCCCCGCGCGGGCGGGAACGCGGAGCCGCGCGUGGUCGAGCCGCCGGCGUGGACGGAGGCCGCGCGCCCCGGGUCUGGCGUCUGGGACCCCAACUGGGACAGGCGAGAACCACUGUCCCUGGUCAACCUGCGGAAGAGGAACCUGGAACCCGGAGAAGAAGAGCUGGCAUCCAGGCUGGACCACUACAAGGCCAAGGCCACGCGGCACAUCUUCCUCAUCAGGCAUUCCCAGUACCACGUGGAUGCCUUCCUGGAGAAGGACCGCACGCUGACGCCCCUGGGUCGUGAGCAGGCUGAACUAACUGGUCUCCGACUUGCAAGCUUGGGGUUGAAGUUUAAUAAAAUCGUCUAUUCCUCCAUGACCCGCGCGAUCGAAACCACUGACAUCAUCAGCAAACACCUGCCAGGUGUCUGCAAGGUCAGCACAGACCUGCUGAGGGAAGGUGCCCCCAUCGAGCCCGACCCUCCUGUGUCUCACUGGAAGCCAGAGGCUGUGCAGUAUUACGAGGAUGGGGCGCGGAUCGAGGCUGCCUUCCGGAACUACAUCCACAGGGCGGACGCCAAGCAGCAGGAGGACAGCUACGAGAUCUUCAUCUGCCAUGCGAAUGUCAUCCGCUACAUCGUGUGCCGGGCGCUGCAGUUCCCCCCAGAAGGCUGGCUCCGCCUUUCCCUCAACAACGGCAGCAUUACCCACCUGGUGGUCCGGCCAGAUGGCCGAGUGGCCCUCAGGACUCUUGGGGACACAGGGUUCAUGCCUCCUGAGAAGAUCUCCCGCUCCUGAGGGCUGCCUUGAGGCCCCACUCUCUUCCUCAGCCCCCGCCGGCCUGGCGUGGGUGCCACCAAGACUGCAGGCUCCUCUCCCAUCUCCCCACCAGGCUGGCAGCAGGAGAGAGGAAGGACCCAGGUGUGGCUGUGGUGCUCAGCUUCUCACUGGGGCAGAGAAGGGAACACUCAGCUCAGCUUCGUCUCCGUCACAGAGUCUCUGCCUCACUCGUCCACCAGCACAAGGAUGUGGGGUCCAAGCAGGCCAGUUUCAGGGACUGGACGAGGCCCCCAGAUGCCAUCCCUGCGGAGACCACGUCAGACACUGCUGCAGGCUAUCAGGCAGGGGGAGGAGGAGGGCACCAGUGCUUCUUCCAUUCAUGACCUAUUUCGCUUCAAACUGUUUUCAUUUCCUAAAACUUUUAAAAGUCACUUGAGUUUUUAUCAAUUAAAGAUUUUCCUCAUCUGGUUCUUGCUUUGAAAACCAGUUUCUCACUCCAGAGUCACAGCCCUGACGCUGCUGUAUCUGAACACACGUAUGUUGUUAAGGCCUUUCUGGACACACAGGAGGGGCAACUUGGCAGUUGAGGGAGGUGACGACCUGCUGGUCUCACCAGAGAGGGGCUGGCAGUGACGGCCCAGGAGGGGCCCUGUUUUAAUAAAAUGUCCAACUGACAGUUCAACCCUUAUUUGCCUCUGGCUGUUAAUCUUUUAUGCUGUGAAUUAAAAUAUUUAGAUAUAUGUCCAUCCCAAAUUUCCUUUAAUUUAGGAGAAAGUACAAUUUCUAUGAAGUGGUUAUGAAUAUUUUCUGCAGUAAGUGCAACUAAUUGGGAUAUUUGAUCCAUUUCUGUCAAUUUUGGAAAUAACUACAAAAUAAAAUUUUACUGGUUUU